AUGUACCCGACGCCGACGCGGCACCCGGCGGGCGCAGUUAGGGGACCGCAGCCUGCGGCUGGUCCAAUAAAGUUUACUAUAGCGGAUACUUUAGAACGUAUAAAAGAGGAAUUUAACUUUUUACAAGCACAAUAUCACCAAUUAAAAUUAGAAUGUGAAAAGUUGGCCAGUGAAAAAACUGAAAUGCAGAGACACUAUGUGAUGUAUUAUGAAAUGUCAUAUGGCCUCAAUGUUGAAAUGCAUAAACAGACGGAGAUAGCAAAACGACUUAGUGCAAUUAUUGGACAAGUGCUGCCAUUUCUGGCCCAAGAGCACCAACAACAAGUCGCCUCAGCGGUGGAGAGAGCCAAGCAGGUCACUAUGUCUGAACUUAAUGCUAUUAUUGGGCAACAACAACAACAAGGCCUCCAGCAACUCCUUCAACAGAUACACGCGUCGGCCGGUCUGCCGCACGGCGUGGGGGGUGCGGGGGCGUUGUUAGGGGCAGGUGGUCUGUUGUUCCCCGGGGGACCACCUCCCACCCCUCAUUUGCCACCCCCGGCCCAUAAGGUGGAACUUCCGCCCCCAUCAGACAUAAAGCCUCCAGUGCUACCGGGCGGGCCGGCCCCCCCACCGCUACUGCCAGGACAACCGCCUUCCCGUGAGGAUGAUCGGAUGUCUUCCAGAGUUAUGAGCCAACAGCAAAGACGGUCAGUGUCACCACACGAGCGCGAACAAAAGUACCGCCCGCGCUCGCCCGAGCCGGAGGCGCUCGAUGCGAAGCGCAGGAAAGAAGAGAAGGUACUGGGCCAUGUGAGUCUAUGUAGUGAUAGUGAUGCGGAAAAAAGCGACCAAGAUCUAGUUGUUGAUGUAGCUAACGAGGAGGAUAGAGGAUCGCCAAGUGUUCGGACGGAUGGCGGUGAUAGGACUGAGAACGGGCCGCGGCCUCCCUCACGGUCGGGUUCCUCCUCCAGCAGGUCUACGCCGAAGAGUUCGAAGGAUGAGAAGCCAGGCACCCCCGGCGCCAAGAACCGCGCGCCGACGCCCACGGGGCGCUACGCCUUCCCGCCCUACGCCGCCUACCGCCCGCCGCUGCCCUACGACGGGCCCCUCGCCAGGACUAACGGCAUACCGCCUUCUAAACCGCCAUACUCGUACCACACGUGCGGCGGGCCGCUGCAGCCGGUGCCGUUCCCGGCGGACGCGCUGGCGGGCCCCGGCGUGCCGCGCGCCGCGCGCCCGGUGGCGGCGCUGCCGCACGGCGAGGUGGUGUGCGCCGUGGCGCUGUCGCUGGCCGGCGCCGCGCGCCACGCCUACACCGGCGGCAAGGGCUGCGUCAAGCUGUGGGACAUCACCAACCCCGGGGCGCCCGCCACCUUGGAGCCGCUGUCGCAGUUGGACUGUUUGCAAAGAGACAACUACAUCAGAUCAGUGAAGCUGCUGCCCGACGGGCGCACGCUGCUGGUGGGCGGCGAGGCGUCCAACCUCUCCAUAUGGGACCUGUCGGCGCCCACGCCGCGCAUGCGCGCCGAGCUCACCUCCUCCGCGCCCGCCUGCUACGCGCUCGCCAUCAGCCCCGACUCCAAGGUAUGUUUCAGUUGCUGUUCAGAUGGCAAUAUAGCUGUUUGGGAUCUUCAUAAUCAAACUUUAGUUAGACAAUUCCAAGGACACACGGACGGCGCAUCCUGUAUAGACAUCAGCCCGGACGGCACGCGGCUGUGGACGGGCGGGCUCGACAACACGGUGCGUUCGUGGGACCUACGCGAGGGUAGGCAGCUGCACCAGCAUGACUUCAGCAGUCAGAUAUUCUCUCUUGGAUAUUGUCCGACAGGUUCCUGGCUAGCAGUAGGCAUGGAGAACUCCCACGUGGAAGUCCUCCAUGCGGGCAAACCCGACAGAUACCAGCUAGUGUUACACGAGUCCUGUGUACUGUCUCUCCGGUUCGCUGCAUGUGGGAAGUGGUUUGUGUCUACGGGGAAGGAUAACUUGCUCAACGCAUGGAGAACUCCAUACGGAGCUAGUAUAUUCCAGUCAAAAGAAUCAUCAUCGGUGCUUAGUUGUGAUAUAUCAGCGGACGAUAAGUUUAUAGUAACAGGUUCAGGGGACAAAAAAGCUACAGUGUACGAAGUUAUGUAC